AACAUUUGCCUUAUAAAGUUGUAAGUCUGGUAAUUUUUAUCAAAGCCAUCGUUCACAGCGCGCUCUGGAACGAGACCGAUUUUCAUAUCCUUGAACUAGCAUUUUUAUUAUGUAUAGCUCGAUCUCCCUCCUUCGUGCACACAUAUGCACAUUAUGCCUGUAUUUAGGUAUAGGCAUUGCCGCACACACACACGCACAAGCAACCUGUAUAUACAACCGCGUUUUCUAGGCGUCAAACUUCUCUCGCGUAAUCGGGAGUUCGAGCCGAUUAAGGUCUUCGUUCCACGAUAAAAUUCGCGAAACACUGUUGUCCCAUGUGCACUAUUUAGCUUUCAUUUCGCACGCGCGUACAUACGUGCACAUAUAUAUGCAUAUGCUGCAGUUGAAUAGAUUCGCGUAUACGCGAGUAUAUUUUUGUAUAAGCUCCGCCGCGGAAUCGCGGAAUGCUUUUAUCCGCGAUUGAUUGAACGUCGCUACUUGCGUCCAGGUCGAUUAUUAAUUCGAGAUUGCCUUAUAUGUCGGUAAGAGUGAAAGAAGUGGAGCUGAAAAAAAAGGUGGUGGAUUAGAAAUUGUUAACAGGAUACCGCCGAGAGUGCGAUCGGAGAAAUGCGCGAUAGCUGCUGCCUUGCCGCACCAAAAUGAUACAUAUCCGCUUCGGGUGGCCCGCACUUCGAUCUUCAUAAUUAUGAGAAGGCGCUUGAGGGUAUCUCGUCCGAGAGUUCAGCGCUGUUCCGAAGAGAAAACGAUUCCUGGAGUCGUACGUAUGUUUGGGAUAGUUCGCCGAGCCCUGCGUACAAGAUAUUACAGGAACCGAGAGUAAAACGUGUGGCUCGUAUCAUGAAUGUGGUCAGCAUAGCAGAGAGGUGGUGUCGAGAAGGUGGUUGACACGCCUUCAUAUAUUUGAAAUGAUUGAAAGUGUAUCUCGGAGAGCGUUGAGUGGCUCCAGUGGGAGCUACCACGUUCGUGGUGCUGAAUUAGCGAGGAAUCGCAGAUUAAAAUCGCUAUCAGCAACCGUUACUUUUCUAGAUGAUACACAGCAUACAUUUCAAUUAGAUAAACGAGCAAAAGGGCAAGUUCUAUUGGACUUGGUAUUUCAACAUUUAGAACUUAUCGAAAAGGAUUACUUUGGUUUACAAUAUGCUGAAAAUGGAGUUGGUGUAACUAUCCCUACAUCCGAUCUAAUGAGAUGGCUGGAUGCCUCCAAGCCUGUGAAAAAGCAAUUAAGAAGUAAGGGCGGACAUUUCUUUUUUAGAGUGAAAUUUUAUGUAUCUGAUCCUAGUAAACUGCAGGAAGAAUACACUAGAUAUCAAUUUUAUUUACAAAUACGAAGAGAUAUUCUUCAAGGAAAACUUCAAUUACCAUCCAGCACAGCUUGUUUAAUAGCAAGUUACACUGUUCAAUCGGAAUUAGGAGAUUAUCAUCCAGAGGAACAUGGGCCCGGCUAUCUUUCACAAUUGCAACUGAUACCUGGACAAACAGAAGAAAUGGAAAAGAAAAUAUCGGAGCUGCAUAAACUACACAAAGGACAAUUGCCAGCUGAUGCAGAAUUUAACUUCUUAGAUCACGCAAAACGCUUAGACAUGUAUGGAGUGGAGUUACAUAAAGCAAGAGAUUCAUCAAACAAAGAAAUACAGUUGGGUGUUACAUCAGUCGGUCUGGUUGUGUUUCAAAAUGGCAUAAAAAUCAAUGUAUUUUCAUGGUCAAAAAUAGUUAAAAUUUCUUUUAAGAGAAAGCAAUUUUUUAUACAACUUCGACGAGAACAGUCUGAAAACUAUGACACACUACUGGGCUUCAACAUGCAAACUUAUCGUAGCUCUAAAAAUUUAUGGAAAGCCUGUGUCGAGCAUCACACCUUCUUUAGACUUCAUAGUCCAAAAUUGCGACCGAAACGAUUCCCUCUCACGUUAAGUAGCAGGUUUACGUAUUCAGGGCGGACGGAAUUCCAAACGGUAGAAGAUGGGAAGCACAGAGCACGCGUGGAGAGGACAUUUAUACGAUCACCUAGCAAAAAGCUAAGUCAUACUAUUGCAACGGCACCCGUUACCGACGACAAAGGGAAAUUGACCGUGCCUCCUGGAAGACCUCCACGACCGUAUGACAAUAAGGUUCAGUCCCUCGGUGCUCGUGAACCUCGUCAAGCGUGGGGUGAAGGAAAUCCAAGCGACGAUGAGGGUGGUUUUUUAUCUUUGAGGGAAGAAAUAACGGGAAGCUACACGCAAGGUGGAGCGUUCUCUCCAGCAUUGGGAUCUCGAGUGUUCAGUUACGCGGACGAUGACACGACUGCUGAAAGAAAUAUCUACGAUCUGCCGGAUUACAGCGAGCCAACCAGCUCACCAGCUCCUCAAAUACUAGAGGAUGGUUUAGUAACCAUAUCCCUAACACCAGACGAGCAGGGUCGCUUCGGCUUUAACGUGAAGGGUGGAUUAGACUUGGACAUGCCGAUCCUGGUAUCGCGAGUAGCUCCGAAUACGCCCGCCGAUCGCUGUUAUCCAAAAUUAAACGAGGGCGAUCAAGUCGUUUACAUCAAUGGAAUCGACGUGAGUGGCUUAUUGCACGAACGCGUGGUGAAUUUAAUAAGGCAGUCACGCGAUCGCGGAUCCGGCGAGCUCACGUUAACCGUCAGACCUAACGCUCUGUACAACGCACUGGCUGGUACCGACGAGACGUCCGAAGAAGAACCGCCUUACAGGUAUGUGCCUGACGCACCUCACGCGGCCAUUGGAUCUGAUGCGCUAGCGCAAUCUAUGCUGCUGCUUGCGGACGGUCUAGCGAGUGGUGCUCUCAUUGCUCAAUACGAACAAUUGUACAGGAAGAAUCCAGAGCUCGCGUCCCUCGAAUCGAAGAAGCCAGAAAAUCAACCAAAAAAUCGCUAUCGGGAUAUAUCGCCGUAUGACGUCACUCGAGUAAUCUUGAUGGGAUCCGCGAACGGGGAUUACAUCAAUGCGAAUUAUGUAAACAUGGAGAUACCGGGUUCAGGCAUCAUCAAUAGGUACAUUGCCACGCAAGGUCCGUUGUCUUCCACCGUUGCCGAUUUCUGGCAAAUGGUUUUAGAAGCCGGUAGUACACUUGUCGUUAUGCUAACAACCCUCGUUGAACGCGGUCGUGCGAAAUGUCAUCAGUAUUGGCCGGCGUAUAACGAGACUCUCACAUUAAGAAAUCUCACGCUUACAUCGACCGCGGAAAACGUCGAGGAUACAUUCAUUUUUCGAGAAUUCAUACUUCGUGACGUUAAUACCGGGGAGGAAAGAGAUAUAACGCAUAUGCAGUAUUGCAGCUGGCCCGAUCACGGGGUGCCCAGCGACUGGCGACAAUUUACUACGUUUACAGAGCGCGUUAGGGCGGCUCGUACUGGAAUAGUCGAACCCGCGGUUGUGCAUUGUUCUGCUGGAAUAGGACGAACUGGUGUGCUAGUUUUAAUGGAAACUGCAUUGUGUUUAAUCGAAGCUAAUCAACCAGUAUAUCCAUUAGAUAUUGUACGCUCUAUGAGAGAUCAGAGAGCAAUGAUGAUACAGAAUGCUAGUCAAUAUAGAUUUGUGUGUGAAGCAGUCCAUAAAGCUUACAGCGAAGGCAUAGCCAAGCCACUUCCGGAGUUCAGUAGGUGAAAGUAAAAAAUUCAAGAUGGGGCAGCAUUGUAAUUACACCAUUUCUUCUCUCACUUCUCUCGCAUUAAGCAUCAUGCCGCUAGAAAGUAGUUUUAUACUUUGACAAUAACAUCUAAUAUAUAUUUAAUAUAGCAUAUCUUAGUAAAACAGAUAUUUACUGCGUAAAGUAUGUAUCUCAUUUAUAUGUAUGACGUCCAGUUUUCAUCCGCUACUUUAUCAAAAAAUUUCUAUUUCUUCAAUGUUAUCGUCCACAGAAGAUCUAUUUAAUAUUCUUGUGAUAGAUUCUAUAUAUUCACGCAAAAUAUUGUUUCGUGCAAAAUGUGAUUGUAUUUUUUUUCUUCGUAAAUUUUAUUUUUUAUAAUAUUUAAAUUAUAUUUUUAUGGCAUAAUUAAUAUUUCGCUAGAAAGUAUCAAAAAGGCAGUGUACUAUGAUAUAUUGAAUUUUUAAUGAAUGUAAUUAGAUUUGUUUGCAUAACUGUAAGGUACAAUAAUAUUUACACAGUUUCGAUUGUCUUACAGAACAAAUUGAAUUUUAAAAUAAUUUAACAAUUAAAUUUGAUGUAAAAAUUACUAUCAAUUGACGUAACAAAAAUCAUACUAUACAAUACGAAUAUUGUCAAAUAUUUUUUUACAUCGAUAUAUAUUUUUAGAUAAUUUAAAUUUUACUUCAGUGCAAAAUUUAGUGCAAAAUUUCAUACGCAAAUGCGUAUCUUUUAUUGAAAUUGUUCAAUUUUUAACAUUAGAUAUGUUAAAAAGAAUCAUCUAAAAUCAACAAAAGAAAUAAUAUUAAAUUAAUAUAUUACAUUACAAAUUCGAAGUACAAUUAUGAAAAUAAUACCUCAUUAUGUAUUAGUAUCAGCAUUUUAUAAUCUAACUAUUUUUGUAAUAAUGCAAACUGGUACUAUAAUAAAUAUUAUUAGAAGGA